AAGGAAUUAUGUUAUUGUAGUUAGAUUCUUAUUAGUCAUAUCAUAGAUUGAUUAAACAAGAUGGUGAUCAUUAAUUGUUGAAUUUAGUUUUGAUUAUAGUCUUAAAUGUGAACUAAGUAAAUCAUGCCCAAUUCAACACAUAGUUUCAUUCAUAAACAAUAUCACUUUGUUUUGAUAUGAAGUGAAUUUAGAUUAUACAAUCCAUGAAAAUAAAUCUCUUUAACUCAUCACCCUACAGUGGAUUUACCAAAACUCAAUUGUAAUUGGUUAUAACCAAAUGAUAAUACAAAUUAAACGAUUGGUUAUCAUGGAGAAUUAUUGUUGAAUUAUUUAUUUAUACACAUUUCUUUAUCAUAGAGAAAUACAUUUGCACAUUUAAUUAUUAUUUCUAAUUAGAUUUUAAAUAAAAAAGCAGAAAUUACUUUAAUUCACAUAAUCGUAAUUCAAUUGUAAUCAUCAAGGUUGGUUUCCAAUCUUUAAUUAACAAAUUAUGUCAUAUAUUUGUGUGCUUCGUUGUAUCCUGGUUCUGGUAAAUAUUAUCAUUGGACUUAUCGCUGGAGCCAUAACAGUGGUUGGUGGAAUAUACAUUUGGGGAGAAAAAUCUUUACCUAAUACUCUACAUACAUUUAUAGUAGAUGGAAUCGAUGCUUUAACGAUUAAAAAAAGAAUUACAAAGUUAUUUUUCAAUGUAUUCGAAGAGAUUCAACCUUUAGGAGUUUACAUUUUUGUUUUUGGCCUGAUCAUCUUCAUUAUUUGUCUGCUUGGUAUAAUUGGAACAUGUUUAAAAUCUAGAUUGAUAAUUUAUACUUAUCUAACAUUGCAUUUGUUAGUUCUUAUCCCUGAAACUGUUAUCAUUAUUGUGUAUUUCUGUCGACCAGAUAUAGUAACCACAUUUAGUCGAAAUAUAUUCAAUUCAAGUAUUCAACGUUAUAUCGGUUAUGAUUCACCUGAUAUACACAGUUAUGCUUUAAACCACAUCAUGAUACAGUUACAAUGCUGUGGUAUUAACAAUGGAAGUGAUUUCGUUCAUGUAAAAAUGACUAAACCAAACAUAAUGUAUAAAGGUGAACCGUAUGAAUUUCAAUAUCCAAUCAGCUGUUGCAAAAUGGAUAGAAAUCAAGAAAUAACUAAUAAUGGUUGUCCUGAUCAAUUUACUAUGGAAAACAGUAAUAUACAUGUUGGAUGUUGGCCAAAGAUAGAAAGUAAUAUCAUAAUGUAUGGUAACAUAACAGCUUAUAUAUUAUGUGGAGCGGUAGGAUUUCAAAUUUUAUUCAUUCUCUUUGCUCUAACUAUUACACGUACAGGGGGGAAAAUCAAACCGAUUUAAAUUAUACUGGUUCAUUAGCACAUAAUUUCAUGAAGAUAUCAGCUAAAUCCCAUACAGGAACUGGUCUUCAUUUAUAACUGAAUAAUCAUUUUUUGUAUUUUAGAGCCUGUUUACCAUAAUAAUAUCAGUUAUUUGUUAUACAUUAACUAGUAGGAACCAAAGCUUGUACUGCAAAAUUUUAUACAGAACUUAAUAAUUUUAAUCAAAUCAUUGUGAAAAUAUAUUAUGUGACCGUGUUCACAAUUCAUAGUUAUUCAUCGUUUUUAAAAAAAUUACAUAAUUGCACUUGAAAAAUGGACUAUUUUAUUUUAAUGAACAUUAUGUUCUACUUAAACAAGUUAUCAGUAGGCUGUUGAUUUAUUCUAAAAACUUAACUGCAAUCUAGGUUUUUGUGUUGUUUUAUUUAUUGAUGGAUUUUAUUGUUUGAAUGAUAACUUUAUUCAUAA